AUGGGGUUUGGAAGUACUAAAUGUAACAUGGGGUUUAAAAGUACGAAGGUAAGAUGGGGUUUGGAAGUCCCAAAUGUAACAUGGGGUUUGGAAGUCCCAAAUGUAAUGUGGGGUUUAGAAGUACCAAAGGUAAGAUGGGGUUUGGAAGAACCAAAUGUAACAUGGGGUUUGGAAGUACCUAAUGUAACAUGGGGACUGGAAGUACUGAAUCUAAGAUGGGGUUUGGAAGUACUGAAUCUAAGAGGGGGUUUGGAGAUACUAAAUGUAACAUGGGGUUUGGAAGUACUAAAUGUAACAUGGGGUUUGGAAGUACGAAAUGUAACAUGGGGUUUGGAAGUAGCGAAGGUAUGA